AUGUCUUCUCAAAAGCCCUCAUACAUCCUCGUCACUGGCGCCACAGGGUUCAUCGGCGCCCAUGUUGUCGACAAUCUACUGGCUCGCGGAUUCUCAGUCCGAGGCUCGACAAGAUCCAAGCAAAAGGGGGAUCAGAUGAAAGCUGCACGUCCGCAGUACGCUUCAAAGCUUGAUUUCGUCGUCGUGGAAGACUUCACCCAGGUUGGGGUCUUCGAUUCUGUAAUGGAUGAUAUCGACGCGGUCAUCCAUGUAGCAAGCCCCUUAUUCUACGACACCACCAACAACGAGCAGGAAUUAAUCCUACCCGCUAUCAACGGAGUCAAGUCGAUUCUUUCGGCCUCCGCCAAGCCAGGAUCAAAAGUCCAGCGCCUUGUCUUGACAUCCUCCGUCUCCGCAGUGAUCAACCCGAGCAGCACUCCCGCACCAGGAUUCACAUAUACAGCCGUGAACUGGAACCCUCUGACUUACGAGGAGGCCAUCGAUCCGAAAUCCACUGCUGUAACUGCAUACCGUGGGUCGAAGAAGUUCGCCGAGCUCGCAGCGUGGGAGUUUGUCAAGGACCAAAAAACAAAGUUCGACCUGGUGACGCUCUGUCCUCCCAUGGUUUUCGGUCCAGUCGUGCACCCCGUGUCGACGGUGCAGCAGCUCAACGAAUCAAAUAUGGUGCUCUGGAGUGUGGCCGCUGGUGCAGAUCCACUUCCUGAAACGCGGCCCGGUUGGAUUGAUGUUCGCGAUCUCGCUGAGGUGCAUGUUCAGGCUUUGCUUACGCCCGAAGCUGGUGGGAAGCGGUUUGUGGCUGCUUCGCCGGAGACGUUCUCGUAUGAAUAUGCUGCGGAUAUCAUUCGCGAUGAGUUCGAGUGGGCGAAGGAUGUUGUGACUACGAAUUACAAGACGGGUGAGAAGUCGAGUGCCUCUUAUGGGUUUGAUGCGGAGACUGCAGCUCGGGAGUUGGGGGUGAAAUAUCGGCCCUUUAAGGAGACUGUGGUCGAUUUGGUUGGACAGAUGCGGGAACUCGCAGCGUAA